AUGAAGAAAGUUUCUCUUUAUGCUUGUUUACUACUCAACUUCAGUCUUUUAGUUAUUUUUCCUUAUAGCAAAGCUAGUCAAGCUGAUAGACUUGAUAAGUUGAUUCUUUCUAGAACCACAAAGAAUCCACCUAAGACUCAUUCUUGGGAAGAGGAAGAUACAUUGAAAACACAAUCUUCAUCUUCUGCUGCUUAUGUUGCACCUCAAGAGGGGCUAAGGCAAGCUGACAAGAUUGUCACAUUGCCUGGUCAACCCUAUGGAGUGAAUUUUGACCAAUACUCUGGCUAUGUCACUGUUGAUCAAGAUACUGAAAGAGAACUUUUCUAUUAUUUUGUGGAAUCUCCAUAUAACCCUUCAACAAAACCUUUAGUAUUGUGGCUCAAUGGAGGACCUGGUUGUUCCUCACUUGGGUAUGGAGCAUUUGAGGAGCUAGGACCCUUCAGAAUCAAGUCUGAUGGCCAAACACUAUACCGAAACAAAUAUGCUUGGAACGAAGUGGCAAAUGUACUCUUCUUGGAGUCUCCAGCAGGAGUUGGAUUUUCCUACUCAAACACAACUUCUGACUAUGACAAGUCAGGAGAUAAGAGAACUGCCCAAGAUGCUUAUGUCUUCCUAAUCAACUGGCUGGAGAGAUUUCCAGAGUACAAAACCAGAGAUAUUUACAUAACUGGAGAGAGUUAUGCUGGUCACUAUGUUCCUCAACUUGCAUCCACUAUUCUUCACAACAAUAAACUCUACAAUCAAACCAUUAACCUCAAAGGCAUUUCUAUAGGGAAUGCUUGGAUUGAUGAUGCCACGGGUUUACAGGGGUUAUAUGAUUACUUUUGGACUCAUGAGUUGAUUGAGAAGUACUGUGACUUCACUUCUCGAAAUCAAUCAGCAAUAUGUAACAAUGCAACAGAUAAGGCCUUAAUUGAGAAAGGACACACAGACUUCUAUAACAUCUAUGCUCCACUUUGUCAUGACUCUUCUCUCAAAAAUGGUUCAACUGGUUAUGUAACUAAUGAUUUUGACCCCUGUUCUGAUUAUUAUGGUAUUGCUUAUCUAAAUAGACCAGAGGUUCAAAAGGCUCUUCAUGCAAAACCUACAAACUGGACCCACUGCGGGUAA